AUGUCUAGAAAUGCAAUUUCUCCAUUGUUUUCACGCUCGAUACCAAUAGGAAGUCAACCACCUAGAAUCUACGGACUUGCUAAAGUACACAAAAAUAACACACCAAUGAGACCAGUUUUAUCGAUGCCAGGUUCUCCAUAUUACAAACUAGCAAACCAGGUAGCAAAGUGGCUGUCAGUAGUAGAUGAAUGCAACAUCAAUUCUUCCACGAAACAAAUAUCCGAUCUAAUUACACAUCUCCAACUUGCAGAAAAUGAGGAACUUGUGAGUUUUGACGUCACAUCCCUAUAUACAAAUGUACCACUGAACGAAGCAAUUGAUGAUUGUACCAGUCUUUUAUAUUCUGGAAAAUACGAAAAACCUCCAGUAGAUCGAGAAACUUUUCAUAAAUUAACCUUACUAUGUAGUAGCAAUGUAGUUAUGUCGACUCAUGAUGGAUAUUACCAACAAGUCGAUGGAUUGGCAAUGGGGAGCCCACCAGCUCCAAUGCUUGCUAAUGGUUGGCUCAGUAAAUUUGACGAUAUUAUCAAGGGAGAUGCAGAUUUAUUCGCGAGAUAUAUGGACGAUAUUAUCAGAAAUAUCAACAAAGAUAAGAUCCAGGAAAAGUUGAAUGAGAUUAAUAAUAUUCACCCAUCACUAAAGUUUACUAUCGAGCGUGAAAACAAUAGAGAAAUUGCAUUUCUAGACAUGUCUAUAAAAAGAACACACGGAAACCUUGUCUCAAAGUGGUAUACAAAACCAACUGACACUGGUUUAACACUAAAUUUCCACGCCCUUGCACCAAAACAAUAUAAGAGAUCGGUUGUGUCUGGACUUUAUCGUGGUAAAGUUUCGGGUAAUUUCAAACGAACGCUUAACAACAUCAAAGCUCCGUGCAGAAUUAUAUUCACGCUGAAUAAACUGAAAAGCUGUCUACCAUCACUAAAGCCAACAGUCGAAAAAUCUUUGAAAAGUGGCGUAGUAUAUAAAUUUUCAUGUCCAAGAUGUUCGUCUUGCUAUGUCGGUCAAACAAGCCGUCAUUUGAUAUGUCGUUUCAAAGAACAUCGACGAAAUGGCCCGGUUGCGGAUCAUUGGAAAGAAUGCGAACGUGAAUUGUCGAUUGAUGACGUAACGAUCUUGUGCUCAAACUCAAAAUCAACGUAUCAUUUAAUGACUUUAGAGGCUCUUUUCAUCAAUCAAUUGAAACCAUCUUUGAAUACAAAGGAUGAACAAGAUUCAGGCCGCUGGUGA